AUGACUGCUGCCGAGCUUGUGAAUACUAAGCAGGAGAAGGAUGAAACCCUGAAGGCUUUCAUGCAACGGUACAACGAGACGGCCCGACGUGUGAAAGAUAUCAAUCACACCUUCAUCAUCAGCAAUCUACCUUCGUGCUUAAGGCCAGGGUAUUUCGCGGAACAGUUAUAUGCUGACCCGCCAGCAUCUAUGGAAGAACUGCAAUCCACAAUUGCAAAGUUCAUCCGCAUCGAAGAUCUCCGGAAUUCUAGGAAAAAGCAGCAGCAGGAUAACCCCAAUCACGAUGUAAAGAGAACCGCAAAGCGAUCGACCAACGACUAUAAAUCAGACCGACCGCCCCGAAAAGAGUCAGGGUGGACGUCUAAGUACGAUCGCUACGCGACCCUUAACGCACCGAGAGCAAAGGUGCUCGAGGAGGCUUUGCACGCCGAACUCUUAACUGUGCGACGAAGAGCUACUCCAAAGAACGCGGACAGCAGCAAGGCCUGCCGCCUCCACAUGAACCAUGGGCAUGACACGGAAGAAUGCAAUAUGGUGAAGGACGAGCUGGAGCGACUCAUCCGAGCAGGAUACCUCCAGAACUACGUUAAGGACAAAAUCUCCACCAGAGCCACAACUCCUCACCGUAAGGAUCCCUCCAGACGGAGCCCCGAGCGAUCGCCUGCCAGGGAUGACCGACGCCGCAGGCGAUCGCGCAGCCAACCCCGACGGAUGGAGAGAGAACGUUCAGUCUGA